UACAUUUUGCAAAAUGGAGCUUGUCGUACUUCUCUGUGCCGUUUCUCUGCUGCAUUCAUGUGAAGCACAAGAGCCCAGUGCUGUGACUCCUGUGUUUGUGAAGAAGGGAGAGGAUGUGCUUCUGAAUGUCACAAUAGCUGAUGUUCCUAAAGACGAUACUGUUACCUGGAAAUUCAAUCAAACAGUUAAUUUAGUACGAUUUUUACCUGGUAGAGAUCCAAUAGUCUCUAAUGAUUACUCUGGAAGGAUUGAGUUGCUUGGGAACUACUCUGUGAAAUUGAAGAAUCUACAAGAGGCAGACAGUGGAGUUUAUACUGCAGUAGUGUCUGGGGAUAAAGAAAAACAAAUAACUGGAUACAAGGUCACAGUCCAAGAGUCUGAACCCACCAGUGUUACUGCCCUUAUGCUUGGUGUUAUCGGCAUAGUUUUAAUUUGCACCUUAAUUGUUGUAGCAGUUCGAUAUUUUCAAAAGAGAGAGAAGAAUGAAACAGAAAGCAGGGAGAAUACAGUAUAUGAAGUUCCUCAGGUUGGACCUAGAGCCUUACCUCAGAGUGAGAGUGAAGUUAUAGGUCUUUCUCUGACCUCUAUCUACUGCUUGGUAGGGCCUCACACUGGACCUGUGGAUUCCAGUACGAGAAGAGGCAUGACUCAGCCAGAGAGUCUUUAUGCUCAGAUAAACCUGCCAGGUCCUUAAACAAGUAAUCAGCAUGGUGUUCUACAUACUGCACAGCAAUUUACAGUUUUUAUUUAAGUGUUGCCCAAGCUUUUGAUGUCUAAGUUUAUGUGACCUGCUCUGGUAUGGAAAGAUGGCUUGUAUGUAAAUGUAAAUAGUUACUGAAGAUUGAAUGAGGAACGAAUGGUUAGUCAAUGAGUAGUUACUGAGUGUUAUGUUUGGUUAAUAUUUAUGUGUCUGUGUGUGUGUGUGUGUGUGUGUGUGUGUGUGUGU